GGAGGAGAAAAGUUAUGAAGUUUUUUAGUGGCUUUUUGCUUCUUCAUUGGAUUAUUCGAUGUGAAUUUCGUUAGGUUAAAUUCACUUUUACUUUAAAGUAUCUGCGAACAGAUACGUAUUUAUUUUUAUAUUUUCUCUCUUUUUCAACUCUCCAAGUCAAUAAUUAAUGUAUCUAUAUAUUUAUUUACCUAAUUAUUCAAGCGUGAAGAAAGAAAAAGAGAAAAAAAAAACGGAGUCUCAGGGCUGUUCAGAAUGGUGAACCAUAAUCUGUUGAGAUGAUCAGCGAAUCUUAAAGAUUGAAGGUUGGUGUGUCCACAUUGAGUUAUCAUGGCUGAUAUCAGAGCAUACGAGUGCUCCAGUUGUAUGAUAAUCUUUGCUGAAGAGGAUGAGUUCAUUCUGCACCAAAAGAGCUUUCACAACUUAACUGAUGAUUUGAUCAAGGCCUGGUUACCUAACCAUGUUCUGAAGAAGAAUGGUACCACAAAAGGGAUCUCCAUACAAGUAUAUGAUGCCAGUCGGCCAUAUGCUUGCGACAUUUGCAAUAAAGCUUUUGUGCAAUCUUCACAUUUGUCAAACCACAUGAAAACCCAUUCUGGGGAAAAACCAUAUGUGUGUAAGAUCUGCAAGAAAGCGUUUUCUCGUUCUUCCAAUCUGUCUCGGCACCAUAAAAUCCAUACUGCCGAACGUCCUUAUGUCUGUGAGAUUUGCUACAAAGCUUUUUCCCAGUCGUCUCAUCUAACACGGCAUCUACGCAUCCAUUCGAAAGAUCGGCCUUAUUCAUGUGAAUAUUGUCACAAGACGUUCUCUCAGACCUCCAACUUGUCCAUUCAUCUCCGCAUCCAUUCUGGAACGGAACCAUUCAAAUGUGAUAUGUGUGCCAAGUCGUUCUCGCGCUCUUCGAAUUUGUCCCGCCACAUGAAGAUUCAUACACAGGAGAAAUCCCAUGUCUGCCAGGUUUGCAACAAAGCAUUCUUGCAGUCGUCACAUCUAACCCGCCACUUGCGGAUCCAUUUUGAGGUGAAACCAUUUUUCUGUCCCACCUGUGGCAAAGCAUUCUUCCGAGCCGAACACCUUUCUCUCCACUCUCGCUUACACACAGGUGAGGAGCCAUUCAAAUGUGACAUUUGCAAAAAGGGCUUCUCACGUUCUUCAAGUCUUUCUCGUCAUAUCAAAAUUCACACAGCAGAAAGACCGUUUGUCUGUAAUAUAUGUGACCGCGCCUUCUUGCAGUCUUCUCACCUGGCGCGGCACAUGCGGACACACUACGAGGAGAAACCUUACGUGUGCCACGUGUGUGAGAAAGCAUUUUCCCAGUCUUCCAAUCUGUCGAUUCAUUUACGUAGUCAUUCUGGUGAGAAACCAUUCACCUGCGAAAUCUGUGACAAAUCAUUUUCACGCUCUUCCAACUUGUCUAGACACAUCAAAGUCCAUUCUGAAGAAAAACCAUUUACCUGUACCAUUUGCCAGAAGUCUUUCUCACAAUCUUCACAUCUUACCAGACAUCAAAAGAUACAUAAUCAGCAUCUGGCGGAGCCAAAGAUCAAAGCGCCUUCACCAAACUAUCCUUGUGGCAAGUGUAAUGAAAAUGUCUUGAAAUCUCCCCGUACCAACAUGUUUUUCAGCAACAACAACAACAACAGCAACCAAAUUCUGUAUUCUUCAGAAGAAAUACCUGAAAGAAAACCUUAUUUGUGUGGUUUCUGCAACCAAAGUUUCUUGGAAGCUUCAGCAAUGGCGCUUCACAUGAAGACUCAUUCAAGCGAGAAACUCUUCAGGUGUGAACUUUGCAACAAAGCUUUCACAGAUUCCUCUCAUUUAUCGCGUCACAUGAAAACUCACUCUGGAGAGAAACCAUUCCGUUGUUUGGUCUGCGACAAAUCUUUUUCCCAGUCAUCCAACUUGUCGAUCCAUUUAAGGACCCAUUCGGGUGAGAAACCAUAUCAGUGUGAAAUUUGUAACAAAGCUUUCUCUCGUUCCUCCAAUCUCUCAAGACAUUUAUUGAUCCAUGAACAAAAGCGACCUUAUGUCUGCGAUAUUUGCAACCGUGCCUUCUCCCAGUCUUCCCACCUCUACAGACACCUUAAAAUCCACAAUUCAUCAUCUUAAUCUUACCCCUGUGUGUGCCUAAACCCCCUAAACUUCUUUUUUCAUUUCCUCAUCUUAUAUUUUCUUCAUCUUCCCCCAUUCAGCCAUGUUAGUAUAACUUAGUAUUUAUUAUCAUCAUUAUUAUCAUUAUUAUUAUUUUUACUUUUAGUGUGCUAGGUGGCAGAAACAGUUAGACACGAGAUGAAAUACCUUGUGGUAUUUACUUACCUUCCUUCACAUUCUCAUUUCAAAUUCUUCUAGGGUAGACAUUGUCUUUCAUCCUUGCUGGGUCAACAAAAUAGAGAACCAAUCAAAAACAAAGGCUAAAAUUAUUGAUUCUUCUCUCCCCACUUGACCCACUUUGUCCCUAUGCAAGAAAUUAUCAUAAUUAUUAUUAUGGUUUAGGGUAGCGAGCUGGCAGAAUUGUUAGCACACCGGGCAAAAUGCUUUGCAGUAUUUCAUCUGCCAUCAUGUUCUGAGUUCAAAUUCCACAGAGGUCGAC